UGGCAAUCUUGGUAUUGGCAUUUUUUGUCUUGCACGGUUUUCUUCUGGAUUUCCGGUUGCCGCAUCCAAUUGAGUGACUUUAAAUGGCAUUACGGGGUUCAACUCUGUCAUGGUUAUUGUGGGACUUGUGUGGUUUCUACAGGGAGGGGAAAUUGUCCUUGUUUCAAGGAGCCAUAUAAGGACUAUUGCUAUGCUUACACACCUCCUGUUAAGAAACCAGAACGGCCUAAGCCUUAUCUGGGCUUGAAGUUUUUUCCUAUUGGCGAAAUGUAUCGGAGGAGAGGAUUUAAGAUUCUAGGUGGAAUCCUUCUUUGCGGGUCCCCUGGUGUUGGGAAGACCCAGCUAGCUAAAGUUGUGGCUGGCGAGGCAGCCGUCACUUUCUUCUCCACUUCUGGUUCUCAAGUUGUGGAAAUAUGUGUUGGGGUUGGCGCUUCUCGUGUUCGAUCACUUAACCAAGAAGCAAGGGAAAAUGCUCCAUCAUUGGUCUUCACUGAGGAACUGAAUGUUGUUGGAAGAGAACGUGGUCUGAUUAAUGGUUCUGGUGGGCAAAAACGUGAUGCUACUCUGCACCAGCUCCUAGUAUGCCUGGAAGGAUUUGAAGGGCGAGGUGAAGUGAUCACCAUUGCUUCCACAAAUAGACAAGAUAUUCUAGAUCCAGCACUUGUGCACCCCGGUCGGUUUGACAGGAAAAUCUACAUCCCUAGACCUGGUCUCAUAGGUUGCAUGGAAAUCCUUAAGGUUCAUGCUAGUAAUAAGCCUAUGGCGGAGGAUGUGGACUACAUGGCUGUAGCUAGUAUGACUGAUGGGAUGGUCGGUGUUGAGCUUGCAAACAUAAUUGAAGUUGCAGCCAUUAACAUGAUGCGUGAUGGCAGAAAUGAGAUUACCACUGAUGACUUUUUACAAGCUGCACAAAUAGAAGAGAGAGGUUGGAAGAAAGUAGCUAUCAAUGAAGCUGCCAUGGCUGUUGUGGCCUUGAACUUUCUAGAUUUCAGGGAUAUCGAAUUCGUAACAAUAUCUCCCCGAGCUGGAUUGGCUGGAUUGAUUAACACUUGCAGAAUGGUGUUACAACACCCGUUAUCAUGUCAGUUCGCAGCAGUGAAGUUAGUUGUUGAAAGAGUGGAUCAUACCGAGAAACCAUUGGAUGCCUUGUGGAAUUGUGUUCUAAUUUGUCUAUGUUACUCUUGGGUUGUGCUUAUUCGAAUUGCAGUUGUGUUCAAAGCUGCGGACUUGGUUGAGAUGUUCUGUCCAAAUCUUCCACUACCUGAAGGCUGGAACCCACAAGGGAACUGCUGUUCAACUCCUAGAACCACGACUACUGUCCAACUUCCAACUACUGGCCAGCUGCCUGUAUUUGAUGCCAGUGGUUCCUUGAAGCUGGCACCACAACAGAUUCUGGCUAAGCGAUUUGUGAACAAGGGAAACCAGGCUGGGAUGCAAUCGUUUGCUGCUUCUCCUGUUGGUUCAUCAACUUCGAAGCCUUCAUUUCCAUCUCGUCCUUCCUGUGCUCCUAAUCACGAGGCAGUCUUCAUGGAUACAAAGAUUCACGCCCCUAACUCGUUUCCUUCAUCUUCUUUUCUACCUUCACCACCCCAAAGACCUCCUACUCAUUCUGCUGGAACCCAUUUGUUACCCAAACUCCAUACUACAGAUUACUUAAAUGAGGAUCCUAUUUCCAUAUGUGCUCCGAAGAAUGAAUCUUUCGUUUCAAGCGUGGCUGGGAUUAUAGCUGGCAAUCUUGGUAUUGGCAUUUUUUGUCUUGCACGGUUUUCUUCUGGAUUUCCGGGUUGCCGCAUCCAAUUGAGUGACUUUAAAUGGCAUUACGGGGUUCAACUCUGUCAUGGUUAUUGUGGGACUUGUGUGGUUUCUACAGGGAGGGGAAAUUGUCCUUGUUUCAAGGAGCCAUAUAAGGACUAUUGCUAUGCUUACACACCUCCUGUUAAGAAACCAGAACGGCCUAAGCCUUAUCUGGGCUUGAAGUUUUUUCCUAUUGGCGAAAUGUAUCGGAGGAGAGGAUUUAAGAUUCUAGGUGGAAUCCUUCUUUGCGGGUCCCCUGGUGUUGGGAAGACCCAUCUAGCUAAAGUUGUGGCUGGCGAGGCAGCCGUCACUUUCUUCUCCACUUCUGGUUCUCAAGUUGUGGAAAUAUGUGUUGGGGUUGGCGCUUCUCGUGUUCGAUCACUUAACCAAGAAGCAAGGGAAAAUGCUCCAUCAUUGGUCUUCACUGAGGAACUGAAUGUUGUUGGAAGAGAACGUGGUCUGAUUAAUGGUUCUGGUGGGCAAAAACGUGAUGCUACUCUGCACCAGCUCCUAGUAUGCCUGGAAGGAUUUGAAGGGCGAGGUGAAGUGAUCACCAUUGCUUCCACAAAUAGACAAGAUAUUCUAGAUCCAGCACUUGUGCACCCCGGUCGGUUUGACAGGAAAAUCUACAUCCCUAGACCUGGUCUCAUAGGUUGCAUGGAAAUCCUUAAGGUUCAUGCUAGUAAUAAGCCUAUGGCGGAGGAUGUGGACUACAUGGCUGUAGCUAGUAUGACUGAUGGGAUGGUCGGUGUUGAGCUUGCAAACAUAAUUGAAGUUGCAGCCAUUAACAUGAUGCGUGAUGGCAGAAAUGAGAUUACCACUGAUGACUUUUUACAAGCUGCACAAAUAGAAGAGAGAGGUUGGAAGAAAGUAGCUAUCAAUGAAGCUGCCAUGGCUGUUGUGGCCUUGAACUUUCUAGAUUUCAGGGAUAUCGAAUUCGUAACAAUAUCUCCCCGAGCUGGAUUGGCUGGAUUGAUUAACACUUGCAGAAUGGUGUUACAACACCCGUUAUCAUGUCAGUUCGCAGCAGUGAAGUUAGUUGUUGAAAGAGUGGAUCAUACCGAGAAACCAUUGGAUGCCUUGUGGAAUUGUGUUCUAAUUUGUCUAUGUUACUCUUGGGUUGUGCUUAUUCGAAUUGCAGUUGUGUUCAAAGCUGCGGACUUGGUUGAGAUGUUCUGUCCAAAUCUUCCACUACCUGAAGGCUGGAACCCACAAGGGAACUGCUGUUCAACUCCUAGAACCACGACUACUGUCCAACUUCCAACUACUGGCCAGCUGCCUGUAUUUGAUGCCAGUGGUUCCUUGAAGCUGGCACCACAACAGAUUCUGGCUAAGCGAUUUGUGAACAAGGGAAACCAGGCUGGGAUGCAA